AUGUCACCCAUUGCUUUCCUUGUAGUUAUGUGGCCACACAAGUAUCCUGCCCAGGCUCCACGAACCAGACUCCAUUACCCAGUCUCCACUGCCCAGGCUCCACUGCCCAGUCUCCACUGCCCAGGCUCCACUGCCCAGUCUCCACUGCCCAGUCUCCACUGCCCAGGCUCCCCUGCCCAGGUUCCACUAACGAGUCUCCAUUACCCAGUCUCCACUGCCCAGGCUCCACUGCCAAGGCUCCACUGCCCAGUCUCCACUUCCCAGGCUCCACUGCCUAGUCUCCAUAACCCAGUCUCCACUGCCCAGGUUCCACUGCCCAGUCUUCACUGUCCAGUCUCCUCUGCUCAGGCUCCACUGCCCAGGUUCCACUGCCCAGGCGCCACUAACCAGUCUCCACUUCCCAGGCUCCACUGCCCAGGCUCCACUGACAAGGCUCCACUGACAAGUCUCCACUGCCAAGGCUCCACUGCCCAGGCUCCACUGCCCAGUCUCCAUUACCCAGUCUCCACCGCCAAGGCUCCACUGCCCAGUCUCCAUUACCCAGUCUCUACUGCCCAAGGCUCCCCUGCCCAGGCUCCACUUACGAGUCUCCAUUACCCAGUCUCCACCGCCAAGGCUCCACUGCCCAGUCUCCAUUACCCAGGCUAUUUGCCCAGGCUCCACUGCCAAGGCUCCACUGCCCAGUCUCCACUUCCCAGGCUCCACUGCCUAGUCUCCAUAACCCAGUCUCCACUGCCCAGGUUCCACUGCCCAGUCUUCACUGUCCAGUCUCCUCUGCUCAGGCUCCACUGCCCAGGCUCCACUAACCAGUCUCCACUACCCAGUCUCAACUACCCAGUCUCCACUGCCAAGGCUACACUGCCCAGGCUCCACUGCCCAGUCUCCAUUACCCAGUCUCCACCGCCAAGGCUCCACUGCCCAGUCUCCAUUACCCAGUCUCUACUGCCCAAGGCUCCCCUGCCCAGGCUCCACUUACGAGUCUCCAUUACCCAGUCUCCACCGCCAAGGCUCCACUGCCCAGUCUCCAUUACCCAGGCUAUUUGCCCAGGCUCCACUGCCAAGGCUCCACUGCCCAGUCUCCACUUCCCAGGCUCCAUUACCCAGACUCCACUGCCCAGUCUCCACUACCUAGGCUCCACUACCCAGUCUCAACUGCCCAGUCUCCACUGCCCAGUCUCCACUGCCCAGUCUCCACUUCCCAGGCUCCAUUACCCAGUCUCCACUGCCCAGUAUCCACUACCUAGGCUCCACUACCCAGUCUCCACUACCCAGUCUCCACUGCGCAGGCUCCACUGCCCAGUCUCCACUGCCCUUUCUCAACUGCCCAGUCUCCACAAACUAGUCUCCACUACCCAGGCUCUACUAACUAGUCUCCAUUACCCAGUCUCCACUGCCCAGGCUCCACUGCGCAGGCUCCACUGCCCAUUCUCCACUGCCCUUUCUCAACUGCCCAUUCUCCACUGCCCACUCCACUUCCCAGGCUCCACUGCCCAGGCUCCACUGCUAAGGCUCCCCUGCCCAGGCUCCACUGCCCAGGCUCCACUGACUAAGCUCCGGAACUGA